AUGACAAAUGAAACUGAUGUCUCAGAGAAGGAUCUUAUCAAUUGGUUAUUGCAUGAAUACGAUAAAAGGAUACGUCCAGUUCGCAAUUGGACAACACGUAUUGAAGUGACUAUUCAACCACAGAUAUAUAGCCUUGUUGAUGUGGAUGAACUGAGGGAGCAAAUAACUUUAUUGCUGUGGAUACCGCACAGCUGGAAGGACGAAUAUUUACACUGGAAUCCAUCCGAAUGGGGUGGUAUAACUCGAGUCAAUGUGCCGGCCGAUGAACUGUGGCUCCCAGACGGCACAAUUUUCAAUAUGUACGCACAUCGUAGUUUAUCACAGCUGUGCUUUCUUUUCAGAUUGGACGUGAAGGAAUCAAUUCCAUUAUCACGAAUAUUCGCUCGUGUUACAUCUGAUGGCCUUGUUGAGGUUGAUCUUAACAAGCUGGUUGAUGUACGUUGCCCGAUGGAUGUACGACGUUUUCCGUUCGACAAACAGAUUUGUGAAUUGCAAUUCGGUUCAUGGGGAUUUCAAAUACAUCAAUUAGUGCAUCGUAACAAGGAAACUUUCGUACCAGAACAUAACGUUUCAUUUGGACUGACAACGCUUUUAACGAUGGCCGUAGUGCUCGACAUGGUAACGGGUCAAAUGCCACGAAGUUCAGCAGGACUUCCGCUGCUCGGUCGUUAUGUACUGCUCGAAACUCUGGUUUCUAUAGCUGCGAUGCUUAUCUCAGUUGCUGUGAUGAUUUGGAAUGAACGUGUGAUCAGUUAUGGUCGUAAACCGCCUGUUUGGAUAUAUAAACUUGUUGGUGAUAACGAGAUAGGAACUGACGAUCGCGUUAAACGAUUGAACGGCAAUCCAUUCAGGCAACCACUUUUGAACAAUCAAAAAAAGACCACUGAGGGUAUCGAUAAAUCGAAUGAAGUGAUCGAAAUGUUGAACUCGCUUGUCGAAUACUGUUCAGAGUUGAGGCGAGCUGAUCACGAGAAAAAUGUGUGGCAUCGAUUCUUUUCGCUGCUCGACUUGAUCUCGAUGCUUUCCUUGGUCAUUUUCAACACUAUUUUAACACUGAUUGCUUUCAGUUCAGUGAUUUUUUCAUGA